UCACAGAGAUGUUAAGGCUGGAAACAUUCUCCUCGGAGACGACGGUUCAGUGCAAAUUGCAGAUUUUGGUGUCAGUGCGUUUCUAGCAACAGGUGGUGACAUGACGAGAAAUAAAGUGCGCAAGACGUUUGUGGGAACGCCGUGCUGGAUGGCCCCCGAGGUCAUGGAGCAGGUGAGGGGUUACGACUUCAAAGCAGAUAUCUGGAGUUUUGGCAUCACAGCCAUCGAGCUUGCCACGGGGGCCGCGCCUUAUCACAAAUACCCUCCGAUGAAGGUCUUGAUGCUGACGCUGCAGAACGACCCCCCCGCUCUGGAGACCGGCGUCACGGACAAAGAGAUGGUGAAGAAAUACGGCAAAUCCUUCAGGAAGAUGAUCUCCAUGUGUCUACAGAAGGACCCGGAGAAAAG